AACAUUAUUGUUAGAGUCACUUGAACAUGCUGGAACAACACGAAGAAAGAGUAACAGCUGUUAUAACCUAUUAACAAAAAAUAUAAAUAAAUAUCAGCAAAGCUAUAAAAAUUUUAUACCAUGGAGGAACAAGAUAUUCCUAUUGAUAUUAAUACUGGAAAAUUAUUGGAAUGGUUAAUCAACAGAAGACAUUGCACUAAAGAUUGGCAUGUAAAGAUUUUAAUUAUCAGAGAGAAAAUUAAUAAUGCAAUACAAGAUAUGCCUAUUCACGAAGGAAUUGCAAAAUUAUUAUCUGGUUCACAUAUAAAUUAUUUUCAUUGUUUGAAAAUAGUAGAAAUAUUGAAAGAAACUGAAGCUGAUACAAAAAAUGUAUUUGGAAGAUAUGGCUCUCAAAGAAUGAAGGACUGGCAGGAAAUAUUAAGGUUAUAUGAAAAAGACAAUGUAUAUCUUGCAGAAGUUUCUCAAAUGCUUAUAAGAAAUGUUAACUAUGAAAUUCCAAGUACUAAGAAACAAAUUCAAAAGUUGGAGCAAAUUCAAGCUGAUUUAGAGAAGAAAGAGGCAGAUUAUAAAAAGUCAGAAAAUGCAUCUAAGUCAGAAUUUAAUUCACUUUGUAAGCAGUUAGGUAUACCAGGAGAGCAAAUUAAGCAGGAAUUAGCUGAGAAAGUAAAAGAACUUCCAGAAAUUUAUGAUAAGAUAGCUAAAAAGACAAAAUCAUUAGAAAAAGCUGUGGAAUAUUAUUGCGGUUUUGUUAAUUAUACUCUUGGUAGAGAACAUGAUGGUGGUUGUGUUCCUAUGGUGAAAUACGUAAUUGAUAAGGGAAACACUACUACAUAUGAAUGGAUUUAUGGAGAAGCUCCAUUAUCAAUUAGCGAACCACCUUUAAACAUAAACUUAGAUAAUGAAGAUUUAGAGAAAAAGAAAGUUGUGGAUGUCGAUAAUACUGGAAUUGAUUUUGGAGAAAUUGAUAUAAAUGGCGAUAUAAAUUUCGGCGAUGUUAAUUUAGAAGUUGGAGGCGAAAUUGAUUGGGGCAAUGGAAAUCUAGAAGAAGCUGUUGCUGGAGAUAUUGAUUACAAUAUUUCUUUAGAAGAAUCUGGUAUAGUAGUGGAAGCAGCUGGUCAUGAAGGUGGAAAUGCCACUGGUACCGAAGCAUAUACAAUCCUUGACAACCCACCUACUAGAGACGAUUUUAUUAAUCAGUUAUUUGAGCUAGAAGCAUUUCUGAAAUUACGAUUAUAUGAGUUUAAAGGAGAUAACAAUGUAAAUUUCUUAAGCUUCAGUCAGUUCCAAGAGUCAUCUUCUAUUGUACAAAACUCCACGCUGGAAAAUAGUCAGAAUAUGUUAGAUAAUGUCCAUGUUAUUUUAUCUGAAAUUUUGAAUACUAAAGUUCAGCAUUUACACAACAUCAAACAUUCUAUAAGAUAUGUAGAUGUUUUAACUUCAUCAUUAAAACAAAAAUUAAGUUUAGUUGAUAAAAUGAUAGUUUUACAAAACUCUAUGAGAGAAAAACGAGAAAAUUUCGCAAAAGAAGUUUCUACUAUUCGACCUCUUCUUCAACUUCUUAUACAAAGAACAAAAGAAUUACAAACAGAGAUUGAGAAAGAUAUUUCAAAGAAAUAUAAAAAUAGAAUUGUACAUUUAACCGGAGGUAUAAAUAUGUUGUAAAUAAUUAAAAUAAAAAGCGUGUGAACUUGUAAAUAAGAUUUUACUGGAAAAAAGGAAAAAUGGGUCGUAUUAUACAAAUAACUUACUAUAUACUGUAUUUUUUAUACAUUUUAAUGAAUACUUGCUAAAUUCAAUGUGUAUUGUCUUGUUACUUUAUAAUGUUAUAGAAAAAUUUGUACCUUUUAUUAUAAUAAAUGUUACAAUAUUUAUUAAACUACA